ACUCACGCCCAAAUCUUCUCUACUUUCAUGGUGAACGGUGAGUAACGACAUCCCCCAGAGCUUUUCACCAUCUCACCCCAAUCCUCACCGGCAGAAAAUAUUCCUAUUUCCUUAAAAUCGGGUAUUGGCAUUACAAUAGCUGGUAAUAUUUCAGUUGCACAAAACUAUAACAUCUACUACCACAGCUAAUGCGUAAAAUUGUACGCUACAACGAAUACACAUAAAGAGGAGCUUUUUUCCAAAGUAAUUAAGGCUCUAACCACUCCGCCUGCAGACUGUUUUCUAGUGAUUAUUGAUCUUCCUCUGCUCUUUUACACCCUCAAUUUCCGGUUUGUUCUGGGAACUUCAUUUCCUUGAUGCUUUGAUGGGUGCACCUAAGCUGAAGUGGACUCCUGAAGAAGAAGUUGCUCUUAGAGCUGGGGUCCUUAAAUAUGGGCCAGGCAAAUGGCGUACAAUUCUUAAGGAUCCAGAAUUUAGUGGAGUGUUGUAUCUGCGUUCAAAUGUAGAUCUCAAGGACAAGUGGAGAAAUAUGACUGUGAUGGCAAACGGCUGGGGUUCUCGAGAGAAAGCAAAGUUGGCCCUCAAAAGGAUGAUUCAGGCCCCUAUGCAGGGUGAGAGUUCUGCGGCUGUUACCUCGGAAGCUGAAAGUGAUGCGGAAAUUCCUGAAGCAUGGCCAGCCACAACUUCUAGAGGCUCUCCACAGCAUGGUGGUUCAAGAAGAUCUAUCCUAAGGUUGGAUAAUCUUAUAAUGGAGGCUAUAAGCAACUUGAAUGAGCCAGGUGGUUCCUACCAGGCGACCAUUUCUACGUACAUAGAGGACCAGUACUGGGAAACUCCAAACAUUAGAAGGCUACUCUCAGCAAAGCUGAAGUAUUUAACUGCAACUGGAAAACUCAUAAAGAUGAAGCGGAAGUAUAAAGUGGCACCUAAAUUGACAUUCGCCAACAAAAGAAGAAACCUCCCCCUUCCCCUCCUGGAUAGCAGUCAGAGGAUCUGUUCUAAGGUUGAUCAGGAUGACAUAAACAUGCUAACUAGAUCUCAGAUAGAUUUAGAUUUAGAGAAGAUGAAGAAUAUGUCACCUCAAGAGGCAGCUGCUGCUGCUGCACAAGCAGUUGCAGAAGCAGACACAGCUACAGCCGAAGCUGCGGAGGCUGCCAGGAAGGCUGAGGCUGCCGCAGCUGAAGCCGAAGCUGCACAAGCAUUUGCAGAAGCUGCAAUGAAAACACUACAAGAGAGAAGCAUCCCAAGGAUGGUAAGACAUUUUCCCCUCUCCUUUCUUUCUUUUCUUUUUCCUUUUCCUUUGAGCUUGGAGUCAUUUUGGGUCAAUGUUUAGAAAUCAUCGCUUGGAACAACGUUGGUACCAUUUUGUAUUAUUUUCAGUUCACCUUCAACUUUAUUUGAGAUGAAAUGUUGCAACCUUGAAAAUAAAUGUGGCUACUUCAGUUUGUUUUCUCAACAAUGCCGAUAUAGACUUUAGCAUAAGGAACAGAGAUGGGAACUAUCUUAUCGCCAGGCAUAAUCUCCCCCUGACAGAAAUAGUUUCUGUUUUAACCUCACUCACUUGGCCAAUGUACUGUUGUCAUUUACCAUCUGUUUAAAUUUAAAUAGUCAAUAAAUUGCUUCACCUAGCUCUGAAAGAUACAAUCUGAAUUACCAGUAAUGUGGUGAAAAUGAGAAGCUAUAGGGAUCACAUACUUUAGCAUUCUACUUAUCUACUUAUUAUGGCACAUGAGAGAUUUUUGAACUCUCACUCUUUUUUUAUAAUGAGACCCUUUUUGUGCUUCUUUCCUUUCUUGAAGCGGAGGGGGUUUGAUGUUGGGGAGAGAUUUUAAAGGCAGGCAUGGUGAGGUGUGAGGAAGCUUCUAAACCGUAUCUUCCUUAGUGGGUAAUCUUGAGUUAAGGCACAAGCAGUGAUAUGCAUCUGUACACGAACGCACACACAUUUAGUUGUUUGUUUUUUUAAUCUCUUUAAAUGUGUGUACUUGUCAAUGCAAAUAUGAUGUAGACGUCUUUUAAGUUGAUUAGGAGGGUAUGGUACCUACUUAGUGCUAACUCUGUCAUAGUUGAUUGAAUUUCAGCUAUGUAGUUUACUGUGUCUCAAUGCAGCAAUUUAUUAAUCCUCUCGUUUGUUGCAUGAAUGCCUGGUCACUACUUGUUUCUUAUUCCCAUUUUUAAUUGUUACUCCACCUGAAAAUGUGUAGAUGAUACGGACUUGAUUGAACUUACAGAGGUUGUGCUAGAUAUACGCGUUAGAGCUUUGCUGGAUUUUCUAUUUUGAUUUUUUUGUUUGCUCAGCUAACUCACUUGUUA